CAGGGCAACUUAGGCAUAACUAACCUGAAUAUUAUAAACCAAACUUAAAUAAACUCUUAAGAAAUUAAUAUUCUGAAAAAUAACCUGCAAAUAAGUUUGCUCUAAAAAAUAUUCUGUUGAAUAAUAUCUGUACAAAAAGUUAUGUUCAAGUAAUAUCCUAAUAAAUAUUCUGUUAUUAAAAAGACAAGAUCACAGAAUUUUGCAGAGAAAAAGACAUUAAUAAUAAGGCUUAGUCGCUAGCUAAUAUUUCAACAUUAGGGUUAUUUGUUCACGCACUCAUUCCAGACACCAGAUACCUCAUUUUAUGUCAGCCAAAGAAACAUACAACAUAAUGAAACGAAGAGGUGGAGUCACAAUCUGCUCGAUCAUUGUCGAUCACUCAAUCUCCAUGGACUCGAUGAGUUGUUAGACUGCGGGGUCGAUCUGCAUUUAUCACCAAUUGCAUCUAGUUGGUGAAUUCGAAGAGCAGUGGACAAAUGGCAAAUUCGAAGGAUGGGGGAAUGAUUAUCAGGAAAAUGGUAGUGCUCCAAUGGAUCAUACUGUGAUUGAUCUUGACUAUUAUAAUACGGUUGAGGAAUUGAAGAAAGUUGGCCCUGAUAGGCUAAAGGAGGCACUAGUUGCUUUAGGAUUGAAGUCAGGAGGUACCAUCCAGCAGCGUGCCGAAAGACUUUUUCUUACAAAGCAUACACCUCUUGAAAAGUUGGACAAGAACCAUUUUGCAAAAGGCACUCAAGGUUCAAGGCAGAGUGGUGGUAUUGCUCUUCCACAAGUGAACAAAGAUGCAAAAGAUGUUGCAUUUAUGGAAGCAAAAUUAAGAAAGCUGUGUGAUCUACUGGAGGAGACAAUAGUUCUUACCAAGGAAAAUGUUGAGAAGAAACAUGCUCAGACUUAUGGUGAAAGGGAGGCAGAACGGGAAGAGGAAAAAGAACAAGCAGAGUUAGAGAGCGAUGAUGAAGAUCAGCAGAUUUAUAACCCCUUGAAGUUGCCGAUGGGAUGGGACGGGAAACCUAUCCCUUACUGGUUAUAUAAACUUCAUGGGCUUGGUCAGGAAUUCAAGUGUGAGAUCUGUGGGAACCACAGUUACUGGGGUCGUAGAGCUUACGAACGACAUUUCAAGGAAUGGAGGCAUCAACAUGGAAUGCGAUGCCUUGGCAUCCCAAAUACAAAGAACUUCAACGAGAUUACAUCCAUUGAGGAAGCAAAACAACUAUGGGAGAGAAUCCAGGAGAAGCAAGGAGUUAACAAAUGGCGCCCGGAUCUUGAGGAAGAGUAUGAAGACCAAGAAGGAAACAUCUAUAACAAAAAGACAUACACAGAUCUGCAACGGUAGGGUUUGAUUUAGAGGUGAGGAGGUCAUUUAAUAGCCGGAAUGGUUUGACAUUUUGGGAACAACUAAAUCUGGCUAUGUUAUUCUGUCUUACUAUCUACUUUUUACUUUUCAAAAACCAAAGGAUCCAUGUCUCAUGAUGUUAUCUUGCAGUUUUUCUUCAGCUUAGGCAUUAAUUCCAUAUGGUGCAUGAGGCUGGGGAAAGUUUGUAUUGUGUUGUGGUAGCACUGUAUAAAUCCUGUUCCCCAGUGCACAUGACAUGCAUGAGGCAUAUUUUGUCUAUACCUGGAUGGUCAAGGAUUUAGGGUUUUUUGUGAAUUUCUUUUUUCUAUGAAUGAAUGGGUCGCGGAUUU